GAGAUUAUAUUUUCUAUCAUCAAACUCGUACUCAACAUCAAGGCGAUAAAACAUCACUUAUUUCCAAACCUUCACGUUGUCUGUGAAGAUUUUUCUCUUGCUUUGUGACUGCGAUGAAUGCUGAGGCAGAGAAUGUCAAUGAGGCUCGCCCGGGGAGGUCUCAGCGCCCCAAUAACCCACUCUUCAACAUGAGAGAAAGGCUGUUCCAUGCCUUGUUUUACAGAGUGGCUCUAACGUAUGCAAGGGCUUUCCCGAAACCAGUUCGCAGGAUCCUAGAAUUUGCCAUCUUGCUAAAGGCUCUGCUAGUGUUGGGGAUCCUAGCCUACAUACACAUAGUUUUUGCCCGUACCCCAAUCAACUGCCUGGCAAAUGUACAAAGCACAUGGCCAAGGAAUGGAAUUCUCAGGGUAGAAAUUGUCCACAAUGCGUCCGAGAACUACAGCAUCAUCAACUCUUACGAGAAAGAAUACUCGGACUUUACAUUGCAUUUCUUCAAUGAUGAUAGUGAGGCGGGCAUGGAAGAGGGCGGGGACUCGGAGACCCCUGGGGGAGAAGAGGAGCACAUAGGGGAGGAUGACACGGAGGGAAAGACUGGACACACUGAAAGUGGGCUAGAGAGAGAACUGGAAGAGAAAAGGGACAAAAAUGUGGAGGGAGUUGAGGAGGGAAAGAAAACUCUGAAUGGUAGUCAUGCUCCUACAGAUUUCUCUGAGCCGACCAAUGUCAGUUCUGCAUUACCUGGGGCUGAUACAAAGGAGGCACUGUUUUCUGAUGGCUCUCAUUUACCUGUGGAGGGGAACACCACAUACUCCCCACCAGAGAAACAAAAGGUGUACGAAAACCCCGCCUCCUACCAUCUCUCUGAAAUCGAAAUGCUGGCCAAAGUGGUUUGGCCAGAGGAGAAAUACAUUGUGGAAUAUGCUCUAGAAUAUGGAUUUUUGAGACUCUCCCCCAAAACCAGACAGAGGCUGAACAUCACAGUGAUGCUAGUGACUCUGGAUCCUGAGAAGGAGAGUUGUUUUGGAGACAGCAUCAGUCGCUUCCUGUUGGCUGAGUUUCUGGGAUACGAUGACAUCCUCAUGUCCAGCAUCAAACAGCUGGCCGAGAAAGAGGACAAUAAAGGUUACCUCCGUAAUGUGGUGACAGGAGAACACUACCGCUUUGUCAGUAUGUGGAUGGCAAGGAGCUCCUAUCUGGCUGCUGCCUUCAUCAUGCUCGUCUUCACGGUGUGUGUUUCCACUUUACUGAGAUAUUCCCAUCACCAGAUCUUUAUCUUUAUUGUGGACCUGCUACAGAUGCUGGAGAUGAAUGUCACCAUAGCGUUUCCUGCUGCUCCUCUUCUGACCGUUAUUCUGGCUCUGGUUGGAAUGGAAGCCAUUAUGACAGAAUUCUUUAACGACACGACAACAGCGUUCUACAUUAUUCUGAUUGUUUGGAUUGCUGACCAGUACGAUGCUAUCUGUUGCCAUACCAACAUCGGUAAACGACACUGGCUCAGGUUUUUCUACCUGUACCACUUUGCGUUUUACGCUUACCACUAUAGAUUUAAUGGUCAGUACAAUUUCUUUCACUGGUGUUCCUCUUCUGUUUAUUUUUAUUCUUCCUCUCUUUCCCAGCAUUCCAUGUUGUACUUCUUCCAUCACUACGAGCUACCAGCCAUUCUACAGCAGGAAAGAAUUCAGCAAAUCGUCACCAACCAACAGAACAACCAGCACACGCAGACAGGAGCCGGAAACAACCUCCAACCGGACGCAAACCACAACACCGAGCAGGGCCCGGCGCCGGAUAAUGGAAGACAAGGCCCGGCACCAGAUAACAGGGGACCAGGCCCCACAACAGAGAACGGAGGACAAGACAAUGUAAGACAAGGACAAGAAGCAACCAACAUGGAGCAAAGACCAGAAACCAGCAACCAAGCCUCAACUGCAACAGGAAACCAGACAACUGGUUCAGAAAACAGGCAACAGAGCCAGAUAGCAGGAGAGACAACAGACAACUCUGUAAUAAAUACCACUGACAACAGACAACAGAAUGCAAACUUCAACUCUCAACUGAACAGUUACCAACAAGCAAAAGAAAACAACUCAGAUGUAAACAGGGAAGGAAUUCAGCCAGCAAAUGCUUCUGAUAUAAAACAAUUCAUGAAAGGAAAACAAACAAAUUCAGACAGUUCUUCUACUGUAUCAGCACCUGAUUCUAAUUUUACUGUACCUUCAAAUGGAAGUCAUCUAAGACAAAGAAAUGUAAUAGUUACAGACAAUAAUGUAGAAAAUGACUCAAUGCAUCAAGCUGGGGAGAAAAUUGACUCUCGUUAUAAAUCUGUAGACCGGGAAUCAAAGCCCGAGGUUUCUGGUGCUCAGCUAAAUUCUAUGCCAGUGGAUGUAACUUUGUCUGAUAAUUCUGAUCAGUCUGGUGCUGUAGUCUCAGAUAUUAACUGCCACUCUGGGAGUGGACAGUGUUUAGACAGUGAUAAAUUGUGUUCUGGAAAAGGAGAUCCAAAAGUAAACAGUUCUAGUGGAGAAAGCUGAUACAGACUGAAGUUUAACUUCAGAGAAAGGUUUAAAGUGCAAUGAUAUUUGAUGUAAUAUAAUACCCCUGAUCUUUCGCUUUUACUAAAUUCCUGUUGUGAACAUGUGAUUAGUAAUGUGUGCUGGUAUGAAAUUCUUCUGUGAGGAAAAUAAAAGGAAUACAUGUACAUGUAUAUUUUAUCUGUUUGAUAUAAAUGAAAUUUAAAUACUA